AUGACCUCUCCGUGCCCACGCUGCCACGCUCCUGUCUUCUUUGGUGAGUCAAAUAUGUUUAACCCUUUAAUGCGAAAGAGGGUACCUGCAGGGUGCACCUUGUGGUGGAAGGGCAGGGGGGCAGGGAGAGGGGGUUGGCAAGUAGAGUUAACCCCCUCCUCCCCACACUCUUCCACAACAAUGUGCACCCUGCAGGUACCCUCUUUCUUCAUCCCUCCCUGGUUCCCAGUCCGUGCUACCCCAAAUCUAUACUGUGAUUUACAUAUCUCAUGUCUGGCCGCUCACUUAUCCUGUGUUGCCUCAACAUACUGAGAUUUACAUUGCCAGUCUGGCCACUCACUGAUCCUGUGUUUGCGGAGUGUAGUGUGAGUUGGAUAGCUCCAGUCUGGCCACUCACUGAUCCUGUGUUUGCUGAGUGUAGUGUGAUUUUGAAUUGCUCCUGUCUGGCCGCUCGCUGAUCCUGUGUUUGCUGAGUGUAGUGUGAGUUGGAUUGCUCCAGUCUGGCCACUCACUGAUCCUGUGUUUGCUGAGUGUAGUGUGAGUUGGAUUGCUCCAGUCUGGCCACUCACUGAUCCUGUGUUUGCUGAGUGUAGUGUGAGUUGGAUUGCUCCUGUCUGGCCGCUCACUGAUCCUGUGUUUGCUGAGUGUAGUGUGAGUUGGAUUGCUCCAGUCUGGCCACUCACUGAUCCUGUGUUUGCUGAGUGUAGUGUGAUUUUGAAUUGCUCCUGUCUGGCCGCUCACUGAACCUGUGUCUGCUCAGUGUAGUGUGAGUUGGGUUGCUCCUGUCUGGCCGCUCACUGAACCUGUGUUGGCUGAGUGUAGUGUGAGUUGGAUAGCUCCAGUCUGGCCACUCACUGAUCCUGUGUUGGCUGAGUGUAGUGUGAUUUGAAUUGCUCCUGUCUGGCUGCUCACUGAACCUGUGUUGGCUGAGGGUAGUGUGAUUUGAAUUGCUCCUGUCUGGCCGCUCACUGAUCCUGUGUCUGCUUAGUGUAGUGUGAGUUGGAUUGCUCCAGUCUGGCCGCUCACUGGUCCUGUGUCUGCUUAGUGUAGUGUGAGUUGGAUUGCUCCAGUCUGGCCGCUCACUGGUCCUGUGUCUGCUUAGUGUAGUGUGAGUUGGAUUGCUCCAGUCUGGCCGCUCACUGGUCCUGUGUUGGCUGCGUGUAGUGUAGUUAGAUUGCUCCAGUCUGGCCGCUCACUGGUCCUGUGUUGGCUGCGUGUAGUGUAGUUAGAUUGCUCCAGUCUAGCCACUUAUUGGUCCUGUGUUGGCUCAGCGUAGUGUGAUUUGCAUUGCUCCAGUCUGGGCGUUCACUGGUCCUGUGUCGGCUCAGUGUAGUGUGAGUUGGAUUGCUCCAGUCUGGCCGCUCACUGAACCUGUGUUGGCUGAGUGUAGUGUGAGUUGGAUAGCUCCAGUCUGGCCACUCACUGAUCCUGUGUUGGCUGAGUGUAGUGUGAUUUGAAUUGCUCCUGUCUGGCUGCUCACUGAACCUGUGUUGGCUGAGGGUAGUGUGAUUUGAAUUGCUCCUGUCUGGCCGCUCACUGAUCCUGUGUCUGCUUAGUGUAGUGUGAGUUGGAUUGCUCCAGUCUGGCCGCUCACUGGUCCUGUGUCUGCUUAGUGUAGUGUGAGUUGGAUUGCUCCAGUCUGGCCGCUCACUGGUCCUGUGUCUGCUUAGUGUAGUGUGAGUUGGAUUGCUCCAGUCUGGCCGCUCACUGGUCCUGUGUCUGCUUAGUGUAGUGUGAGUUGGAUUGCUCCAGUCUGGCCGCUCACUGGUCCUGUGUUGGCUGCGUGUAGUGUAGUUAGAUUGCUCCAGUCUGGCCGCUCACUGGUCCUGUGUUGGCUGCGUGUAGUGUAGUUAGAUUGCUCCAGUCUAGCCAUUUAUUGGUCCUGUGUUGGCUCAGCGUAGUGUGAUUUGCAUUGCUCCAGUCUGGGCGUUCACUGGUCCUGUGUCGGCUCAGUGUAGUGUGAGUUGGAUUGCUCCAGUCUGGCCAACUGACCCACAGAAUGCUGACAGGCAGAUUCCAUGAGCAGGCUGGACGCCAAUUGCCAGCAGGGACUGAGCGGGAAGGAUCUGUGAAGAGAUAUGAGGGGCUAGAAUUGUUCAGUGCUUUAUAGGUAUGGGUUAGUAUUUUGAAUUGACUCCUAUAGGAUACAGGGAGCCAAUGUAAGGACUGACAGAGGGGUGAGGUGUGAGAGAACCGACUGGAGAGGAAAAUCAGUCUGGCGGAAGCAUUCAUUACAGAUUGUAAUGGGGCAAUGCGGCUUUUGGGAAGACCAAUUAGGAGAGAGUUACAGUAAUCCAUGCUGGAAAUUACUAGAGCAUGGACAAGCUCCUUGUUAGCAUCCUGCGUAAGAAAGGGGCGGAUGCGGGCUAUGUUUUUAAAAUGGAAUCUACAGGAUUUGGCAACAUACUGGAUGUGAGGCUCAAAGGUGAGGCCAGAAUCAAGUAUGACGCCAAGAAAGCGCGCUUGCAAGGAUGGACUGAUGUGGAUACCACUAACUUGUAGGGAGCGCGAGAGAGGAGGAUCAAUAUUAGGAGGCUUAGACUGGCUUACUCACUAAACCAGGAAUUGUCUCGAAGUCCACUAUGAUUAUAGCUCCAAUGUCUUUGUUUAGCAAUUCCUUAAUGAAUGCCUGGCUUUACACAGUUUAGUUAUGAAUGAAACCUCGUCAAAAUUGCAGAAAAUAUCCAGGACAAACUGGGCUAUUUGGAGAAUCUGGACAUAAGUCACAAACUUCAUUAACGUCUGACCUUAGUAAAACAGCUCUUGAACGGAUGUAAUGAACCCCAAAGUUUAGCCUGUUUCAGUGGCUCAGAAUGCUGUAAUCUGGUUCCCAAUUUACACGUGGUCAGUGAAAAUUUUAUCCAUUCUUUCCCUUUAAAAUGAUUACAUAGCGGCAGAGCUUAUCAUGGUUGGCUGUAACUUCAGACAGACUCCACCAAUCACGAACCUUUCAUUCCGGUCUAUGCAUCGAUCAUUGUCAGACAGACUCCACCAAUCACGAGCCUCUCAUUCCCGGCCUAUGCAUCGAUCAUUGACAGACAGACUCCACCAAUCACGAGCCUCUCAUUCCCGGUCUAUGCAUCGAUCAUUGUCAGACAGACUCCACCAAUCACGAGCCUCUCAUUCCCGGUCUAUGCAUCGAUCAUUGUCAGACAGACUCCACCAAUCACGAGCCUCUCAUUCCCGGUCUAUGCAUCGAUCAUUGACAGACAGACUCCUCCAAUCACCAGCCUUUCAUUCCGGUCUAUGCGUCAGUCAUUGUCAGACAGGCUCCGUCAAUCACGAGCCUCUCAUUCCAGUCUGUGCCUCGGAUCACUGCCAGCAGUAGUUUAUGGGAUGAGUAGUUUAUCCACAGCUUUGGUUCCAUUCUUCACGUAGGAUGAUUGGAACUGCUCUGUAAAUUGUCAGUUUUACAGUUUUUGGACCCUGCUGUGCAGUAAUUCAAGGCACAGCUGUGACUUGUUUAAAUUGGAUUUUAAUACAUCCAUUUGAAAGAAAACUGCAUGUAUGGGAAGAAGGUUAAUCCAAGUUAUAGGUGAUUUUUAAUUGUUUAUUUAAUGGUGUUAUACCAGGUUUAACUCGUCCCCAACUGACCGAAUGUUUCUGUAAACGGCUGAUUCUGCAUGUUUUUCUAUGUUUAGAGCGGAUGUGUGACCUAAAGCCCCCUUUCUAUUACCUGUAUGCUUGGCAAGGUGGUUCAGUUAGAACUGGGUGCCUCCCUCAAUCAUUAUACGGCAGCUCGCAGUCAGUACAGAGGGCAUAAAGAGAGGGGGGAAAAAACACAACCGUAAAUGUUUCUUCUCCUCCAAUGCCAUUCGACUGCAGCAAAAACCCCUUAUCUGUUUCACAUUUCUUGGAAACUCUUUUUAAACAGCAUAAAUAAUGUACUUCUUAUUCUCUGUUAAAAUAUAUGUUUAAUAAGUUUUGGUUGGUGGCCAGCUGGAGGCUGGCUCUGAGCUGGCAGGGUGGUUGGUGCCCAGCUGGAGGCUGGCUCUGAGCUGGCAGGGUGGUUGGUGGCCAGCUGGAGGCUAGCUCUGAGCUGGCAGGGUGGUUGGUGCCCAGCUGGAGGCUGGCUCUGAGCUGGCAGGGUGGUUGGUGCCCAGCUGGAGGCUGGCUCUGAGCUGGCAGGGUGGUUGGUGCCCAGCUGGAGGCUAGCUCUGAGCUGGCAGGGUGGUUGAUGCCCAGCUGGAGGCUGGCUCUGAGCUGGCAGGGUGGUUGGUGGCCACCUGGAAGCUGGCUCUGAGCUGGCAGGGUGGUUCGUGCCCAGCUGGAGGCUGGCUCUGAGCUGGCAGGGUGGUUGGUGGCCAGCUGGAGGCUGGCUCUGAGCUGGCAGGGUGGUUGGUGCCCAGCUGGAGGCUAGCUCUGAGCUGGCAGGGUGGUUGAUGCCCAGCUGGAGGCUGGCUCUGAGCUGGCAGGGUGGUUGGUGGCCAGCUGGACGCUGGCUCUGAGCUGGCAGGGUGGUUGGUGGCCAGCUGGAGGUGGGCUGUUACCUGUCGGGGUGUUUGGUGUGCUCUGCGCUGGCAGGGUGGUUGGUGGCCAGCUGGAGGCGGGCUCUGAGCUGGCGGGGAUGUUGGCGGGCUCUGACAUGGCAGGGUAGUUGGUGGCCAGCUGGAGGUGGGCUGUUACCUGUCGGGGUGUUUGGCGUGCUCUGAGCUGGCAUGGUGGGUGGUGGCCAGCUGGAGGCUGUCUCUGACCUGGCAGGAUGUUUGGUGGCUAGCUGGAGGUGGGCUGUUACUUGGGGGGUCAGUUGGCGGGCUCUGACCCGGGGUGGGUGAUGGCCAGCUGGAGCCGGAUCUGACAUCACGGGGUGGUUGGUGGCCAGCUGGCGGUGGAGUGGUUGGUGGGCUCUGAGCUGGUGGGGUAAUUGGUGGCCAUCUUGAGUUGUCCUCUGAUGUAUGGUGGGUGGACCGAUUGAUCUGAGUAGUUUGCCAGGGGAUACCAGAAAUUGCUAACUUGUGCUGUAUUGCAGCCAUGAUUGUGGCUUGUAUGGCGAGGCUGUGUUAGGGACUAUAAAGUUGCACUGUAUAUUCUUGUUUUGUAUUGCUUAUUCAUGCAGUCCAGGUAUGUUACAUCAAAGUGGGUCAAUUGGCUAACAUUUCUGGAAGAAUACGUAAAUGUGACCAAAUUCUUAAAAAAAACAGUGUAACACGGACAGUCGCGGCAACUCCGCGCAACUAAAUAUGAAAAUGUAAUAAAGGGACACGAUGGGGCUGUAAUAAGUAGUUUAUAUUCUAUACUGAGCGAUGGGAACUCUCCAUGUAAUAAAGGGACACGAUGGGAAUGUUACAAGUAGUUUAUAUUCUAUACUGACUGACAGAAUAUACUCGCUGUAAUAAAGGGACACGAUGGGGCUAUUAUAAGUAGGUUAUAUUCUAUACUGACAGAAUAUACUCGCUGUAAUAAAGGGGCACGAUGGGGCUAUUAUAAGUAGUUUAUAUUCUAUACUGACUGACAGGAACUCUCCAUGUAAUAAAGGGACACGAUGGGGCUAUUAUAAGUAGUUUAUAUUCUAUACUGACAGAAUAUACUCGCUGUAAUAAAGGGACACGAUGGGGCUAUUAUAAGUAGGUUAUAUUCUAUACUGACAGAAUAUACUCGCUGUAAUAAAGGGGCACGAUGGGGCUAUUAUAAGUAGUUUAUAUUCUAUACUGACUGACAGGAACUCUCCAUGUAAUAAAGGGACACGAUGGGGCUAUUAUAAGUAGUUUAUAUUCUAUACUGACAGAAUAUACUCGCUGUAAUAAAGGGACACGAUGGGGCUAUUAUAAGUAGGUUAUAUUCUAUACUGACAGAAUAUACUCGCUGUAAUAAAGGGGCACGAUGGGGCUAUUAUAAGUAGGUUAUAUUCUAUACUGACUGACAGGAACUCUCCAUGUAAUAAAGGGGCACGAUGGGGCUAUUAUAAGUAGUUUAUAUUCUAUACUGACUGACAGGAACUCUCCAUGUAAUAAAGGGACACGAUAUAUAGUAUAUUUUGAAUACUGACAACGUAGCAGUCAGAUAUGUUUAUACAAUAUUGGGUCCCGGCAGCACUGAGAUGCGUAUUUUUCUCCUGCGGUUGUAAUAUUCAGACUGUCUAUUAUUAGGGGGUUCAUUUUGUUGCGUUCCCCGGAAAUAACUUAACGUUUUGUCUCUGUUUCCAUUCAGCUGAGAAGGUCAGCUCCUUGGGAAAGAAUUGGCAUCGCUUCUGCUUGAAAUGUGAACUAUGUAACAAAAUCCUGUGUGCGGGCGGGCAUGCAGAGGUAAGAUACCCACCGGCGAGGUAAGGAAAGCUAAGCUGGAGGUUUUAUAGAAUGCCUUAUAUUCUGUGCUGGAACUUAUUGUGUCAUUGUCACCGCUACUUGAUGUCUCUGCCAUGCAUCCACUACCUCUUUCUGACAACCAUUUCUAUUAGCUCAAAGUACUUUACAAUCAGGUUUUAUUCUGAUGAUUGACAUAUCUCCCUAUCCCAUUGAACACAGCUACAGUAUUUGGUUAUUGGUAGAUCGAGGGAAGGAUGGGGUGUGCUUACAAUUAUCUUUUCUUAUCCCAUUUUUGCACUACAAUUCCCACCAUCCUGUACUUGCCAUUAUCUGUGCUGUAUGACUAAAGAUGCAGUCAGAGCCUUUUUGAUUUUCUGUAUUGGGUUCGUUUAUAGAAGCGAGGCUCCGUGUUGGGGAAGGAGCCUGGGAACAUUUGUCUGCCGAUCUAUUGUAUGUCUGCAUUGAGAAGGGAAUAAUGCAGCGUGUUCAUACCUGUCUAAUAACCAGACACAACAAAAGCUGCUUUAAUGAGGAAUGACAAACCGCAUCCAAACUCUGUGUCUGUCGAGAAAUAAAAACUCCUCCAGCAGGGGAGCGAAUGGUUACUGAAAGAGCACUUUAGGAAUUCAGAGCUUCGGCAUUCCUUCUUUUACAUAUAUUGUAGAGGCUGCCCAAAAGCUGACACUCUAGCUGGCUGUAAUAGUAUGAUGCAGAGAGGGUGCCCAGGAGCUGACGCUCUAGCUGGCUGUAAUAGUAUGAUGCAGAGAGGGUGCCCAGGAGCUGACGCUCUAGCUGGCUGUAAUAGUAUGAUGCAGAGAGGGUGCCCAGGAGCUGACGCUCUAGCUGGCUGUAAUAGUAUGAUGCAGAGAGGGUGCCCAGGAGCUGACGCUCUAGCUGGCUGUAAUAGUAUGAUGCAGAGAGGGUGCCCAGGAGCUGACGCUCUAGCUGGCUGUAAUAGUAUGAUGCAGAGAGGGUGCCCAGGAGCUGACGCUCUAGCUGGCUGUAAUAGUAUGAUGCAGAGAGGGUGCCCAGGAGCUGACGCUCUAGCUGGCUGUAAUAGUAUGAUGCAGAGAGGGUGCCCAGGAGCUGACGCUCUAGCUGGCUGUAAUAGUAUGAUGCAGAGAGGGUGCCCAGGAGCUGACGCUCUAGCUGGCUGUAAUAGUAUGAUGCAGAGAGGCUGCCCAAAAGCUGACACUCUAGCUGGCUGUAAUAAUAUGAUGCAGUCACCCUGUGCUGUAUGGGUAUUUGCAGCCCCCCUGUGCUGUUCGGGGGGACCCUGUGAUAUAUGAUGGCACGGUAAGAAUGGUUUAAGGGGCACUGGCCCUCAUCUUGCAGAGGAAGUGGCAAUCUCUGGGCUGGGGAGAUGGUGGGACAUUCCUGAGGCGUCUGCUGAAUACUAGGAAUGCAGACAGAAUUCCCAAAAUGUUUAUCCGUAUUGCAAUGUUUGCAGGAGAAAUCGAAUGGUGGGUAUUUCACAAUUUAAAGUGUUAAUAGCUUCCCUCCACACUCAGCAUUUUGAUAGUGGUACAAGCAUUACCCCCUCCCCAACCAGCUCGGUCUGCCCACAUGAGGGAUUUAUGUGCUAAUAUCUUGUUUUGUAUUUCCAGCAUGAUGGACGUCCAUACUGCCACAAACCAUGCUACGCUGCCCUAUUUGGUCCAAAAGGUAAAAUGUUAAUUUAUCCCCUAUGGCAAGGGUCCUCAAACUCCAGCCCUCCAGAUGUUGCUGAACUACAACUCCCAUGAUUCUCUGGCUAUCUAUGUAAUUCAAAGAAUCAUGGGAGUUGUAGUUCAGCAACAUCUGGAGGGUUGGAGUUUGAGGCCCUAUGGGAAUGCCUAGCACACCUCUGUGCCCCCCGUUCUGUCCAGCAUCUCUUCCUCAGACAGGCGGUGGCUGAAAUCUAAUUAUCCGUAUUCUAACGAGCCAGUCGCUGUCUGUAGGAGUUUAGAAUCUGUUUAAUUGCUGCCAACACCCACUCUGCAUGAUUGUUCUAUUUAGAGUAGUGUGACCUUCUCCAUAUAAAUCCACCAUCGAUCGAUCUAUUCCAUGGCUGGUCUCUGUGUGAAAUUCUUAUUAAUUAGUGCAUGUCUUCCUGUUAUAUUAAACUAAAGCUCUAUUGGCCUAAAUAAAACCUGUGCCGGUGCUGCUUUUACUCUGUAUAUUCCUGUACAUAGUGGGUUGAGUUGUGAGUCGCUGUUCCAUUGUAGCGGAGAGGUAGUAUAAUCCACAGUAUCUCCGCUGGGUAACAGGAACAGCAUAAAAUAAUCCAAGGAAAUAAAUACAGCAUUAUGCUUGGUUCUCACAGCUUAACAAAGGGAUAUAAACAUAUUCCUAUAGUAAUAGUCUUAAGUGGCUAGUUUUGCCAAAUCCAUAAAUGGAGCGAUUCCAUGCAGGAGACAUGUCCAUUUCUGAUAAGAUGACGUCCAUUCAGCCUGUCACAUUCCAUCUUUCCUUCACAGAUAACGUAUCUAGGCCAAGCUUGCAUUACUUCCAUCUCGCAUGACUCGGACAGGUCUGAUUCCCACCACGGCGGGGAUUGCGUCAAUGCUUUUUACAGUAUAGUCUCCUGGAUCUCACGUCCUCUUGGUGUGCCUGAGACAAGGGAAGUGAAUGGCAUAUCCCUGUCACCUCCAUUGUAGAGACACAAAUAUGUGAAGCUGAAAAAUGACAACAAUCAGAGUUACCAUGUAGACGCUCACUGUAGUAAUAAGCUUGGGAUGGGCAGCGGUAACCAGUACAAGGAUUCCCAACCUUGUGAGUGUUUAAAAUAUAGAAAGAAAGGAGGAGUUCUGCUUUAGUAAAUGUGAGUACAUUACUUUAUUUUUUUAUUUAAUACAUCUUCUAGUACUUACUUCACUAUUUGGAUUAUCUCUCCAUAUUUUUUUAUAUAUAUAUGACCUGCAUAUUGCACUUUACCUGAGACUACCAAAGACGCCAACCUCCACAUAUAUCCUUAGCUCUGAGUUAGCUCUGAGUUAGCUCUGGUAAAUGUGAGUGACACCUUUUUAUAAGAAUACUUGAAUACUCACUCACUGAAUAUAGCAUAUUGCACUAUUAUUCUUUCAUGUCUUUUUUUGUUUUUGAUGUCAACGGUGUAUAUAUAAUACCACAACAGACUUGUAUACGAUUUAUUUAUUUUUUUUCAUUAUACUGUCUGGGGCGCAGUCUCCUCCUCCUUUCUUUCUAUAAUCAGUUACCAGCCCCCCCCCCCCGCCCAGAUUGUGUGGGAUCAGCGUACUGCCUCGAAACGAAGGAACUGAAUAUGUCUGUCACCAGCGCUCUGCGUGUGCUGAUAUCAGAUGUCAUUUUUGCACAGGAUUCACAUUAGUCAGUCUGAAAUAAAAUCCUGGGCUGACCAAGUCACCAAACGGCAGAUCUCUCUCUAUAGACCGCGUUUCAAGCUGUAACACCUACACACACAGAUUGCUUGCACCAUAACCACUUCUAAAAGCAGAUGUGGUCAUAGGGACUGGAAUAACUAGUAACCCCCUGGAAGAACAGUGUACUACCUCUUCUUCAGAUAUUUCUGUGACGGGCAGCCUAGGCACAUAGUUGUCUCUGUUUAUUGAAGUAGUUAUGUUGCUAUGCUACCAUCCCUGACGACAUUUCUGUUUAAAUCUCACACUGACCUAAUAUUCCUUUGAAGCCAAGCUUGCAACGCUGCCUACAAGCCCUGUUAUCCAGAUAUUUAGGAGUUUCACCUCCUGCCUCUCAUACCAAUGGGUUAUGUCUCUGCUCAUGUGGUGGGAUUUGCAGAUGGUGCCCCUGAUUUUGAGCGUUUGGAGGUCUGAAGACUAAUAAGCAGUGUGUUUCUGAGAAUCCGCGCAGUUUCCACACCUUAUACUGGCUGACGCACAGACAGUCGCUAGGAGCUGCCGACUAAAACCGAUUCAAUAACUGAAUGUACGCCGGAUACUUUGCAUAUAACAUUACUGGAAUCAAGGUAAGUUUAGUAAACUAAAUCGGUAACAUAUACACACGUUUUAUUUGUGGUUCUUUAAAGCCUUGGUGUCCUCCAGCCUUUCUUUCACUGCCCAUGUCCGGUCAAUGUCCGUAUCUUCUCAUUGCUCUUCUUGACACUGGAACCUGCUCCCCUUGUCUAGUUCUGGCAUUGAAAACCCCUUUAAUAUAUAAUGAGCAUUGCAGCCAGACCUCUCCACUCUGCUGAUGACGUACACCUUGGUUCUCACCUGUUUUCAGGUGGAUUUCUUUUUGCCAGUCACAUAAACUUUCCCCGACUUUUUGAAAACCUUUCUAAAAUCUUACUGACCCACCUCUUUUUAGAAAUAAAUAUCUACUAACCCGUUAACGUGUCUACCUGUAUCUUCGAUUACUCCUACUUAUACACUAUGUACAGACAAAGCUGUCAAACUACAUCCUAUUACUGCAAUCUGUUGUAAUAUUAAACCAUGACUCUACCUUUUACCGGUUUGUGUGAUUUAACGCACUUUCCCUUAUUUAAUGGAGCACUUUGAACCAACCUCUCACUACCUCUAGUUCCUGUAAAUCAAACUUGGGAGUUGAACUUAUCUCAAAUCUAUUCUGCAGAGUUAUGGAAAAUAAUGGCAUGUUAAUAAUUCUAUAUUCUAGGGUUCAGUGGGAGCUGUUUCAAUAUCCAGUUCUGGAAAUUAGCGCAUUUUAAGCCGGUUUCUUUGCAUUCUUUUAUUUUUUUUUAUUUUUUUUUCUUUAUUUUUUUUUUCUUUGUAUUCUUUUAAGGAGUCAACAUUGGGGGUGUUGGAUCCUAUAUCUAUGAUACGGUACCACAAACUGCACAGAGCCCUGUGUCUGUUUGCAGCCCUCCGACUUCCAUUGGCCCAAAGUCCACCACGAAGGGUGAGUAUGAUUUCUGUCCCUGCAGUGGGCAAGUCUGUUCUUGGAUCCACCUCCUGGAGGGCGGUAUAACCCAAGGCUCCCACGCUGAGAUUGAUUUACCACUUAUUUGUGAAAUGAAUGGAAAACGUGAAGAUGAUAACCGUUCCCUCUGAUUAUUGCCUUAUUAUUAUUAUUAUUAUUAUUAUUAUUAUUAUACGCUUCUAGCCAGCCCUAUAUAAAAAUGACUAAGUGCGAGCCUUGGAGGGUCCGUGGCAGCUGAACAGAGAUGCCACCUGUUAUGGUGGGCUUCAGAAGGAGUGUUUAGUGCUUGGUUUCUUAAUUUCCAGUGUUUUUUUUUUUUUUCUUUUUCUGUCCUUAUUUUGCAGCUCUGGCUUUGGUGAAGACAUUUGCCGGGGAGACGGCCCUGUGCCAGGGCUGUGGGAAAGUGGUUUAUUUUGGUGAGUUGGACACACUGCCAACGGAAGGAUGUUGGAUCUUGUUACCACUCUUUGUAGCAAUAACCGUGGUAUCAAGCCAUUCAGUGCGGUAGGUUUGUGGGUCUCCCUCCUCUGCCAGAGCCGUUACUGGCUGGGAGUCUUACUACUGGCCGUCUGGUGACAUUUAAUUCUGGAGAUCCUGUCACACCAUUAAUAAUUAGCAAAGUUUAAAUCUCUAUCACUGUAUCUACACUCAGCAUGUGACUAAUGUUUGCUUUAUCUGCAGCCGAGAAGGUGAUGUCGCUUGGCAGGAACUGGCACAGGCCGUGUCUGCGCUGUCAGCGCUGCAAUAAAACCCUGACCUCGGGAGGGCAUGCAGAGGUAUGUGAACAUUUAUUGGGCCCCUGGUAGCAGCUGGCCUAGAUUUAGUAGACUCUUGGCCCCUGGUAGCAGCUGGCCCUGAUUUAAUGGACUCUUGGCCCCUGGUAGCAGCUGACCCCGAUUUAAUGGACUCUUGGCCCCUGGUAGCAGCUGGCCCCAAUUUAAUGGACUCCUGGCCCCAAUUUAAUGGACUCUUGGCCCCUGGUAGCGGCUGGCCCCAAUUUUAAUGGACUCUUGGCCCCUGGUAGCGGCUGGCCCCAAUUUUAAUGGACUCUUGGCCCCUGGUAGCGGCUGGCCCCAAUUUUAAUGGACUCUUGGCCCCUGGUAGCGGCUGGCCCCAAUUUUAAUGGACUCUUGGCCCCUGGUAGCGGCUGGCCCCAAUUUUAAUGGACUCUUGGCCCCUGGUGGCGGCUGGCCCCGAUUUUAAUGGACUCUGGCCCUGGUAGCGGGCUGGCCCCAAUUUAAUGGACUUGGCCCUGGUAGCUGGCCCCAAUUUUAAUGGACCUUGGCCCUGGUAAUGGACUCUUGGUCCCUGGUAUGGCUAAUCGAUGAAUGACUCUGGCCCCUCAGGUAGCAGCUGGCCCUGAUUUUUAAUGGACUUUGCCACUGGUAGCACCUGGCCCUGAUUUUAAUGGACUGCCCCUGGUAGCAGCUGGCUCCCUAUUUUAAUUGGCCCCUGGUAGCAGCUGGCCCUAAUGAAUUUGUUUGUUUUAUUUAGCAUGAUGGGCCGUCAGACUGCCAUGUUCCCGCUAUGGACAUCUAUUUGGCCCUAAAGGUGAGCCUACAGCCAGAUGUUUUGUUUAAGAAAUGAAUUCUUGUAAAAUUGUUAUUAUAGAGCAGUCCCCAUCUUAGGCAGGUCGUUCUGAUGGGAGUAUACAAGGAGCCUUAUCCCAGGCAGGUCGUUCUGAUGGGAGUAUACAAGGAGCCUUAUCCCAGGCAGGUCGUUCUGAUGGGAGUAUACAAGGAGCCUUAUCCCAGGCAGGUCGUUCUGAUGGGAGUAUACAAGGAGCCUUAUCCCAGGCAGGUCGUUCUGAUGGGAGUAUACAAGGAGCCUUAUCCCAGGCAGGUCAUUCUGAUGGGAGUAUACAAGGAGCCUUAUCCCAGGCAGGUCGUUCUGAUGGAGUAUACAAGGAUCCCUACUCUAGAUGGGUCACAUUGACUCACGAUCCAAGGCCGGACUUUGUUACCGGUUUAUACCUGCUUCUCUCAUGUAGAGUGACUGUCUUGUAAUGCAGCAGGGAGUGGGAAUUGUUUAAUAAUUCAAAUUUUAAAUUCUAGACUGAAAGAGCGAGAAUGAAUAUGUAGCAGACAUAGAAAAUGUUUCCUCUUGGUGAUAAUCACCUAAAAUUCUAAAUUCAUGUUGAAUUCCUGACAGUUGACACUGUCAAAACGCUGUGUGACUACUGUAGACACUGCUCCUUGAGUGUCCGCUUUCCAUCUACUCUCACACAACCUGUAUGUUAUCCCGAGCAGGAACCUGAAGGCUAAGCAAUCUGUAUCCAAACACAUUCACUAAAGUGAGAAUUCUAAAUUCACAUUUAAGAGUUUGCAAUUCACUUUGAAUAACCCAGAUUAGAAAUGCUGGUUCCUGGAAUUCAGUCUAGAUUUCACACGACCAUCUACAUUCUGAUCCUUAGUCCGGUUACUCUCCUUCCAGGUGUGA